CACGAUCCCCAUUUAAUGUCGUUUUUGAAAAAAACUAAUGGGAAACAGAACAGAAACAGUAGCUCGCAUUUUGUCAAGCAAAGAAAAUGGUGCAGACGCAAUGUCCUCGAAGAUAGUUCUAGAUUCUCUCUUGGCAUGAACUUAACUAAAGUUAAAGAUGUUAGCAUGACAACGCCACUUUCGACACCUCAGGAAAAGAAAAAGCCUCAAUCACCUGCAGCGACGAGUGAUAUCGCCCAAAAGGAGGCCAAUCAAUUAACAGAACUGCAUCAAAUGACUAUGCAUUUGGAAAUUAGACUAGAAACUGUGGUUUCUGGAAGCCCUCUUAUCAGCUUACAAUCCGAUUUGAAAGAAAGAGGGCAAGUAUCGAACAGUCAGAUUAGUAUUAACUUCUUGGAUCAUAAGUUACAAAGUUUUUCUUGUGAUUCUAAUUAUUAAUAAUUAUUAUUUGGUUUUAUUUUUUGGCUGCUUGUCGAAUGGUUUUGGGAAAAAAUGUUGAAAAAGUCAUGAAAAUAAACUAUU